AGCCCAAAGCAGGGCUCAAACUAACGAACCGUGAAAUGAUGACCUGAGCCGAAGUCAGAUGCUUAACGACUGAGCCACCCAGGUGCCCCUCAAUGUAUUCUUUCCAGUCUCUUCCUGUGCCCCAAAUCACACACCCCACUUCUCCAUUACAAGAUCUGAGACCACAAAGCUCCACAGAAGUUCCAGCUGCCCCAGGUCUUGCCUCCCCCUUUCUGGCUUCUUGCAAACUAGCCAGUAACCUGAGGGAGCCCAUGAUGUGGUAGCUUGGAAACCCAAGAAAGACUUGAAGGAAGCUCAAAACCUCUCAAGGACAGUGAAUGCUUUAGCUGCCUUCUUUUCUGUCCUGUCCUCUUCUUCCUUAAACCCAGAGUCUGCAAGAGAAUUGUAAGCCACUUGGCAUCAGAGCUUUUAACUUUGGCUUUUCCCACCUUCUUUUCCUGGAAGACAUUCAGGUGAGGAUCCUUUGGGGUGAGGAGAGAGGCCCAAGGGUGAGUCCCUCAGAUGAACACUGGGUAACCAAGAUGACCUUGUCUCUUGGGGCUCUUGAGGUCUCUCCUAAUCCUUGGGCUGGGAUGCCCCCAAAGCAGGCCCUUACCUCUUACGUAGUCUUAUCCUCAAAAGUGAGUCUACACCCACGAACCUCACUCACGCAGCCCUGCAGCAGAGCUAGUGUGGGGCCAGUGACAUGUAGUCUUUUGUCACUGCUAGAGGAUAAACCUCUAGAGCAGACUUUGGGGUCCUAGGAGGAUAUGUGGUGUGAUUCCUACCCUGGAAAAGAAAGCAUUCCUGUAUUUGCGACUAGGACUGAAUACAACUUAGGCCAGUGCUGGGGGACAGAAGGGAUUGGGGGGGACCAGUCACUUGCUUUUCAUCUGGGCUAUUUCUUGGCAGAUUUCAAAAUGAGACCAUUACAGGGAGGGAGGGCUGGGGCCAAGGGAAGAAGCUCACUAGCACCAUCAGCUGGCAAACCUAAAAAGAAAAGCGGGGCCUGGACUCUGCCUCAUUCCUGUUCUCCACCUGUCUCUUUUCUCCCCUUUCCCUGGCUUUGCCAGAUUCUGUCUCCCUGGGUUCCCGCCUCCCCACCCGCCCCUGGAGGGCGGGACUUGGCUGCACCCACGUGUGGUGGAGUUAUAUGCUCUGAGCCCGCAGAGAAGCUGGGAGUGCAGCACUGAGCCAGAUCGGUUAGAGCAGCAGCACGAUGGCUGGCAAGAAAGUCUGCAUUGUAGGCUCCGGCAACUGGGGCUCCGCUAUCGCCAAGAUUGUGGGUGGCAAUGCGGCCCAGCUGUCACACUUUGACCCACGGGUGACCAUGUGGGUGUUUGAGGAAGACAUCGGAGGGAAAAAGCUGACAGAGAUCAUCAACACACAGCAUGAGAAUGUCAAAUACCUGCCAGGGCACAAGUUGCCCCCCAACGUGGUGGCUGUCCCAGAUGUGGUCCAGGCUGCAGCCGGUGCUGACAUCCUGAUCUUUGUGGUGCCCCAUCAGUUCAUCGGCAAGAUUUGUGAUCAACUCAAGGGCCACCUGAAGGCAAACGCCAUUGGUGUAUCUCUUAUUAAGGGGGUAGACGAGGGCCCUAAAGGGCUGAAGCUCAUCUCUGAAGUGAUUGGGGAGCACCUUGGCAUCCCCAUGAGUGUGCUGAUGGGGGCCAACAUUGCCAGCGAGGUGGCUGAUGAGAAGUUCUGUGAGACAACCAUUGGCUGCAAGGACCAGGCCCAAGGAGAGCUUCUGAAAAAGCUGAUGCAGACACCCAAUUUCCGCAUCACAGUGGUGCCAGAGGUGGAUACAGUAGAGAUUUGUGGGGCCUUAAAGAAUAUAGUGGCCGUGGGAGCUGGCUUCUGUGACGGGCUGGGCUUUGGUGACAACACCAAGGCAGCGGUGAUCCGACUGGGGCUCAUGGAGAUGGUCGCCUUUGCCAAGCUCUUCUGCAGUGGCCCUGUGUCCUCUGCCACCUUCUUGGAGAGCUGUGGUAUCGGUGACCUCAUCACCACCUGCUACGGAGGAAGGAACCGAAAGGUGGCCGAGGCCUUCGUCCGCACAGGAAAGCCCAUUGAGCAGCUGGAGAAAGAGAUGCUGAAUGGGCAGAAGCUGCAGGGGCCCCCGACAGCCCGGGAGCUACACAGCAUCCUCCAACACAAGGGCAUGGUGGACAAGUUUCCUCUAUUCAUGGCUGUGUACAAGAUAUGCUAUGAGAACCAUCCAGUGGGUGAAUUCAUCUGUUGCCUGCAGAAUCAUCCAGAACAUUUGUGAGCGGAGCUGGGGCCAGGCCAGGCAGCUUCUUUACCCCAGUGGAGAUAGUCAGAAGCUUGGGGUACCUGGCCACCAGGAUCUCUGGGACUCUCCAUGGAGCAGCCUCUUCUGGAGGACAGGAGGCUGUGGGGUCCAACUACCUGCCUGGAGAUCCUGAACCAUCAAGCAGCCCAUAGCCUCUUGCCACCGCAUCUCGCCAGAAAUGGAGUUGCCUUGUCCCUCUCCAGAUGCGGGGUUUUCUCCUUGUCCUCUGAAAGGGGUAGAAUCACACCCCAGUCCUGUCUGCUUUGGGUGUGUGUGUUGAGGGGAGGGUGAAGGGAGAGGGAGGCAAGGGCUGCCCACUGCUGCCUCUCACACACCAGAAGUCCUGUCCCCAAGCCCAGUUAAAUGGCUAAAGAAGUACCUCAGCCACAAGAGGAAUGAGGUAAGGGCUGCCAAGGAGGGGUCUGGGCUUUUGAGCUGACACAGGCCCCAGGGACCCCUUUGCUCUGACCUCUGCCAAGCCCCACACAGCAUCAAUGGAUCUCAGUGUUUGUUAACAAAAUACAAAGCUCUCAACCCCCU